UCACACUAGUAUGGUGGUGUCCUCCUCUUCUGUUCUCCUCACGCAACAAAAGCUCUCUUACGCCCAUCACCUCCCUCCACCGGAUACUCUUUGAACCUCCUUUGUUUCUUCUCUCGCUCUUCUUCCUCGUAUUAACCCUUAAGAGCUUCUUUCUUUCUCUCUCAAGCACGAUGGAAGCUAAUAUUCUUCGUUGUGGGGGGAUUAAGAGGCUUCCUCCGAUAAGCAGAAGACCACAAGGGAUGGAGUUAGGCCAUCGGAUGCCACCCCGAAAGCUCCUGUCUUCUGUAGUUGAAGCGAGGGUGCAGACCGAGGAGAAGAUGGUGGCAGCCACAGAGAAGACGACGUACAAAGACAACUGGUUCGACCGACUUGCCAUCCGCUACCUUUCAAGAUCUCUUCAAGCCACCACAGGCAUAAGCAACAACAAGGAAGGAUAUGAGAGCUUGGUUGAGGCAGCAAUCAUGAUCUGCAAGAAAGUUGAUGCCAAAGCACAGCAGGAUCUGGUGAUCCAAUCUCUCCACAGCGCCCUUCCAGUGAUCAUAUUAACAAUGAUAAAGAUCUUACUUCCACAGUCAACAUUCACAAGAGAGAUCUUUGCAGCCUUCACCACUCUGUUCUUCCCUUGGCUGGUUGGCCCUUGCCAGGUCAGGAAAUCAGAAGUCAAAGGAAAGACAGAGAAGAAUGUGGUGUACAUCCCUAAAUGCAGGUUUCUGGAGAGCACCAACUGUGUAGGGAUGUGCACAAACUUGUGCAAGGUCCCCUCCCAGAAGUUCAUCCAGGAUUCACUCGGCAUGCCUGUCUACAUGGUUCCAAAUUUUGAAGACCUGAGCUGCGAGAUGGUCUUUGGUCAGCAACCUCCUCUUCAUGACCCCACGUUGAAGCAACCAUGCUACCACAAGUCCUGUAAUGGCAUCGAUCCCAGCACGUUGACAGGCAAAAGAAUUCAUCCCUUGACUUCUUCUAACUACGAUCUUAUUUGGCCACUGUUUGCAGGCAUAACAAAGCAGAAACAUGGUGUGAACUGCUCCAGUGGAUGA